UCAGAGGUAAAGGAAAGGGGCCGAAACCCUGAGAACCAUACAAUGACAAAUGAGAAAACUCCUCCCCACUGAAGAUAUUCAGGUGUAUAAAAGGCACACAACGGCAUACGUAAGACCUAGCACAGAGUCGUUAAUCUGGAGUAUUGUGAAUCCUUUGGCUUAGAAGAAAAAUGAACACCCAGCCUGACAUGAUUCGAAAGUGUGUGUGGCCGGUGUGCCUCAUGGGCCUGUUCAUCACUGGCACACUCUCUCUGGGCUGUGACUUGCUACAUAUUCAUCUUCGUAGAAUCACCUGGCAAAAUGUGGAGCUUCUGACCAAUAUGAGCAAAUCACUUCCUCUGGAGUGCCUACGAGAAAACAAAGCUUUUGAGUUGCCCCGAGAGGUCCUAGCAUAUAGCCAGCCUCUUUUGCACAGAGACAUCAAGGGGACCUUCUAUGAAAUGUACAUGCUGGCCUUCAGCAUCUUCACUCAAUCUACCUUCCAGUCCACUGGGGAAGAGAAACACCUGGGACAAAUCCAAACCGGACUUGAUCGGCAACUGCAGUACCUGGAACAAUGCUUGAAAGAAGAGAAGGGAAAUGAAGACAAGGAAGAGAUGGAGGAGGAUGAGAGGAGACACCCGGGAGCUAGGACCCCCCAGCCCAGCAACUUAGAACUGAGGAGGUAUUUCCACAGGAUAAGCAGUUUCCUGCAAGACAAGCAGUAUAGCCACUGUGCCUGGAAGAUCGUCCAAGUGGAAAUCAGAAGGUGUUUCUACUACUUUCAGACACUCAUAGAACUACUCAGAAGGAAAUAAGAAUCACCUGUCUACCUUCAAGCAAGAACUCUAGCAUCGGGGUUUCGGCUACACAAAUUCACAAAAGAGGGUAAAAUGUACCUGGUUCAGCCCCUGGGAGAAACCUCCUGCUAUUUGUGUUAACAGUGUGCUGCUAAAUUGCUUAGAUUCAAGAUUCAUCCAAGUAUAGGACUCAAACAGUACAGCCACACGGGAAGUCUUAUGCUAAAACUGAGGCAAACUUCAGUCAAAAAGUUAGAAUAAUUAAAAGAACAAGUUGUGCAUCAUGGUAUGCUGGUUAUCAGCGGAA